AUGACUAAAAGAAACAAUGAAAAGCAACAAAUGAACUUCGCCCCCAAACCCCUUCCACUCAAACGACUUGUGAUUGAAAAAAGGCGCCAAGAAAAAGUGAGGGUUCACUUCGUCUUGGCCGCUGCUCUGGUAGCAGUGUCCUUAGCCGAAAAGCCAAAAAAAGCCACGAAAAGAGCCGGGACACUUAGCCUCGGAGGAGGAAACAGCAUCGAUGGAUUUGGAGGAGGAGGAGCAGGAGGAGGAGGAGGAGUUGCAUUAAGUGAAGUAGCUGGGAGUGGAGGUGGAUUUGGUGGAGCAGGAGAUAGCUUCGGUAGUGCAGGUGGUCUUGGAGGUGGAGCAGGUGGUCUUGGAGGAAGUGGAAGUGGAUUUGGAGGCGGAGGAAGUGGUCUUGGAGGAAGUGGAGGUGGAUUUGGAGGAGCAGGAGAUAGCUUUGGAGGGUCUGGUGGUCUAGGAGGUGGAGCAGGUGGUCUUGGAGGAAGUGGAGGGGGAUUCGGAGGAGCUGGAGAUAGCUUCGGUAGUGCAGGUGGUCUUGGAGGAAGUGGAAGUGGAUUUGGAGGAGGAGGAAGUGGUCUUGGAGGAAGUGGAGGUGGAUUUGGAGGACCUGGAGGUAGCUUUGGAGGUGCUGGUGGUCUAGGAAGUGGAGCCGGUGGUCUUGGAGGAAGUGGAGGGGGAUUCGGAGGACCUGGAGAUAGCUUUGGAAGUUCUGGCAGUCUAGGAGGUGGAGCCGGUGGUCUUGGAGGAAGUGGAGGGGGAUUUGGAGGAGCAGGAGAUAGCUUUGGAGGGUCUGGUGGUCUAGGAGGUGGAGCAGGUGGUCUUGGAGGAAGUGGAGGUGGAUUUGGAGGAGCAGGAGAUAGCUUUGGAGGGUCUGGUGGUCUAGGAGGUGGAGCCGGUGGUCUUGGAGGCAGUGGAGGGGGAUUCGGAGGACCUGGAGGUAGCUUUGGAGGGUCUGGUGGUCUAGGAGGUGGAGCAGGUGGUCUUGGAGGAAGUGGAGGGGGAUUUGGAGGAGCUGGAGAUAGCUUUGGAGGGUCUGGUGGUCUAGGAGGUGGAGCCGGUGGUCUUGGAGGAAGUGGAGGGGGAUUCGGAGGACCUGGAGAUAGCUUUGGAAGUUCUGGCAGUCUAGGAGGUGGAGCAGGUGGUCUUGGAGGAAGUGGAGGGGGAUUUGGAGGACCUGGAGAUAGCUUUGGAAGUUCUGGCAGUCUAGGAAGUGGACUUUGGAAGUUCUGGCAGUCUAGGAAGUGGAGCAGGUGGUCUUGGAGGAAGUGGAGGGGAUUUGGAGGACCUGGAGAUAGCUUUGGAAGUUCUGGCAGUCUAGGAAGUGGAGCAGGUGGUCUUGGAGGAAGUGGAGGGGGAUUUGGAGGACCUGGAGAUAGCUUUGGAAGUUCUGGCAGUCUAGGAGGUGGAGCAGGUGGUCUUGGAGGAAGUGGAGGGGGAUUUGGAGGACCUGGAGAUAGCUUUGGAAGUUCUGGCAGUCUAGGAAGUGGAGCAGGUGGUCUUGGAGGAAGUGGAGGGGGAUUUGGAGGACCUGGAGAUAGCUUUGGAAGUUCUGGCAGUCUAGGAAGUGGAGCAGGUGGUCUUGGAGGAAGUGGAGGGGGAUUUGGAGGACCUGAAGAUAGCUUUGGAAGUUCUGGCAGUCUAGGAGGUGGAGCAGGUGGUCUUGGAGGAAGUGGAGGGGGAUUUGGAGGACCUGGAGAUAGCUUUGGAAGUUCUGGCAGUCUAGGAGGUGGAGCCGGUGGUCUUGGAGGAAGUGGAGGGGGAUUUGGAGGAGCAGGAGAUAGCUUUGGAGGGUCUGGUGGUCUAGGAGGUGGAGGAGGUGGUCUUGGAGGAAGUGGAGGGGGAUUCGGAGGACCUGGAGGUAGCUUUGGAGGGUCUGGUGGUCUAGGAGGUGGAGCAGGUGGUCUUGGAGGAAGUGGAGGGGGAUUUGGAGGAGCUGGAGAUAGCUUUGGAGGUGCUGGUGGUCUAGGAAGUGGAGCCAGUGGUCUUGGAGGAAGUGGAGGGGGAUUCGGAGGAGCUGGAGAUAGCUUUGGAGGUGCUGGUGGUCUAGGAGGUGGAGCAGGUGGUCUUGGAGGAAGUGGAGGGGGAUUUGGAGGAGCUGGAGAUAGUUUUGGAAGUUCUAGCAGUCUAGGAGGUGGAGCAGGUGGUCUUGGAGGAAGUGGAGGGGGAUUUGGAGGACCUGGAGAUAGCUUUGGAAGUUCUGGCAGUCUAGGAAGUGGAGCAGGCGGUCUUGGAGGAAGUGGAGGUGGAUUUGGAGGAGCUGGAGAUGGCUUUGGAGGAAGUGCUGGCAGUCUAGGAGGUGGAACAGUUGGUUUUGGUGGAGCUGGUUUGGGAAGCAGUGGCCCUGUUGGAGGAGGUGCUGGAAGCCUAGGCAGUGGAGCUGGUCUUGGAGGUGGAGCAGGAUUUGGAGGAGGAGCUGGAGGACUGGGAGGUGGAGCUGGAGGCUUUGAUGGUGGAGCUGGUCUUGGUGGUGGAGCAGGUGGUUUUGGUGGGUCUGGUAGUCUAGGAGGCGGAGCAGGUGGUUUUGAUGGAGCAGGUCUUGGAGGUGGAGCAGGAUUUGGAGGAGGAGCUGGAGGACUGGGGAGUGGAGCUGGUGGUUUUGGCAGUGCUGGAGGACUAGGAGAUGGGGCUGGAGAUUUUAGUGGUGAAGUAGGUGGAUUUGGUGGGACUGGAGGCCUUAGUGGUGAAGUGGGUGGUUUUAGUGGAGCUGGAGGUGUAGGUGGAGUGGGUGGAAGUGGAUUUGGAGGACCAGCUGUUGGCGGAGGAGCAGUAGGUGGGUCUGGCUUUGGAGGACCAGGAGUUGGAUUUGGAGGUGGACUAUCUGGGCCUGCAACUGGUGGAGCAGUGGUGAGCGUUGGAGGAGGACCUGGACCCAUCAUUACCGCUGGUGAUAGGUCAGAAUUCAUCACUGCUGGGCCUGCUGUGACUACCACAGUUGUUCAUGGUGGCGGUGCAGUAGUGGGGCCCAGACCUUACGGCUACGCCCGUCCUGGCGGCGUCCAGAUCAGAAAGGCCAUCUUGACAUACCAUGGCAAAUUUAUCACUCCCGGGUCCAGACGGAAGGCUUAUGCCCCAUAUGGCUAAAAUACAAGUCUGCUAAAAUACAAGUCUGUCGCGAAUUCUGUUGGCCAAAACUUCAAGAUGACGUAUAUAUAGCUAUCAAGUCCUUUGAAGUGGUUUUGGCGGAAGCUCGGCGUCGCCGAAGGUUCCUUCUCCUUCCUUCCUUCUAUCGCGUCGAAAAAGCUAGAAGACAGAAUCAGAGCUAUGACAGAAUCCACUUCAGCUUCUCUGUCUUUCUGCUGAAGAUUGUAAUUCAGUUUCGUCUUUGACUCCUUCUUUGUAUUACAGUCUUUCAAUGAAAGACUUUCCUGUAUAGAGAGUAUUGAUUGUUCGUUGUGGUCUCUGUGCGGAGACAUCUGUAAAUAUUAUGAAACGAUGUACCCACGUUCUUGUCAUAUUUCUGUACGUGUUGUAAAAAUGACAUAUAUGAAAGAUCUUUCCUACCCAAAA